AUGGAUGAUGAUCCAAGACGAUGUUCAAAGUUUCGACGUGCAAAGACCCGAAGGAAGCCUCGAGAAACUAGCCUGGACAUCAGCCGCCGGGCAGUUGAAGAUCAACUAAAGAUAUGUGGUCACAAGAGGGAUGCUGAUGUCUUUGAGCUAUUCCUUUCUCAAAAGGAUCUGUCAGAAGUCAAUGAUCUUUCUAGGUUUAAAAAUUUAAAAUAUUUAUGGCUGCAUCAUAACAAGCUCCAUCAAAUAAGAUUUUUAACUAAAAACUAUUGUCUGACAGAAUUAUAUUUAAACAACAAUGCAUUAUUUGAUAUAGAAGGCCUGCGCUAUUUGCCUUCAUUGCAUAUUCUCCUACUACACCACAAUGAGCUAACAAACAUUAACGCAACUGUAAAGGAAUUGAAGGGAAUGAUAAAUCUGAAGACCCUAAGCCUUUUCCAAAACCCUUUGUGCCAAUAUAAUCUGUACCGUUUAUUUGUAAUCUACCACCUUCCAGGAGUGGAGUUGCUUGAUAGAAAUGCAGUUACAGAAAAAGAAAGAAGAUCAAUAAUCACUAUUUUUAACCAUGAAAAGGCACAUAUUAUUCAAUCAAUAGCAUUCAGAAGAAGAGUAGAUGCCUCAUGGGAUCCCAGAUCACCAUUUAAGCAAAAGUCAGCUCGUAGAGUGCCUUCAGGUUUUACAUUCGGAAAUAACCUAGACAAAACUGUAUUUGAUGACCCAGAAGAUGCUGUUUUUGUAAGGUCCCUUAAGAGAUCAAUCAUGACUUUUACCUCCAUGAACUGGAACACAGUCCCAACACGAGAGGAAAAGUACCAAGAAGAGAAAGGCACACAACCUUCUCAAAUCCUCACAGUUACACUGCAAUAA